AUGCAGUCAGAAUCGUUGCUGGUGCUUUUAGUCAAGAAACAGCAACUUCUACAGCCACUGAAACCCCAACAGCCGCCCACAACACCAACUGCUGGGACCUCGGAAACAGCAACUUCUACACCCACUGAAACCACAACUGCGACGCCCACUGCAACGCCAACUGCUGGGACCUCGGAAACAGCAACUUCUACACCCACUGAAACAACAACAGCAACUGCUGGGACCUCGGAAACAGCAACUUCUACACCCACUGAAACUACAACUGCGACGCCCACUGCAACGCCAACUGCUGGGACCUCGGAAACAGCAACUUCUACACCCACUGAAACUACAAGUGCGACGCCCACUGCGGCAACAACUGCUGAGUCCACGGAAAUAGCAACUUCUACACCCACUGAAAGCACAACCGCGACGUCCACUGCGACAACAACUGCUGGGUCCACGGAAAUAACAACUGAUGGGCCCUCCGAAACGACAAUAUCUGCACCCACUGAAGCGCCAACGACGUCACCAACCGGAACAACAUCAACCUCUACAUCCACUGAAGCACCAACGACGUCACCAACCGACAGUCAAACUGAUGGCACGACUGAGCCAUCUACAGAAGCGCCAUCAUCUGUCGAGCCUCCUGCCAAAGUAUUGCAAUGUUAUACAUGUGACGGAGAUGAUUGUGGUGAAAAAACUGUUAUAAACUGUCCCGAUAGUGAGACAACAACUAGCGAUGCUGCAAAAAUAUCGAAGAGUGUCUCGGAGCUGGCGUCGGAAACUCUGAUACAAAAUUAUCGUGCAGUUUUACGGAAUGAUCGCGCCAAUAUCAAAGGUUACGCCUGUUACAGUGUACAAAUUCCAGCCAACGAUAGCGCAAAAUUACAACUCGGCUGUAUUGCCAUUCCCUAUGGCCAAAGCGCAUGUGAAGCGGUGAGAAGCGAACUGAACAUUGCAACGGAUGUCAGCGACGAUUGUGUGGCGUGUCAGACGGACUUGUGCAAUAGUUGUGCGCUGGCGCAAAUAUCUAUGUUCACACUUUUGUGCGUGACAUUAGUGAAGUUCAUCCUUUAAGUUGUAACGGUGAACAAAUAACAGUGUACGAAUUAACUUAAUUUUGCAUCUACGUAUUUAUGUAAACAAUUUUUUUAAAAAUGCUGAAGAUGAAACACACCAUAUACUAGCAUAUAAUAGUAGUUAGGUGGAAACAAACACCAUUUAUGUACAUACAUAUGUAUUGUUUAUACAAAGAUUUUUUUAAACUAAUAUUAACAAUAUUUAUUUUUGUUUAUAAUAAAAAAAAAUUAAAGCAAAUCAUAUUUAGUACAAAUA